UACUCUGGCUUUGCUUUUCACUUGACUUAGCCAUUGAGAAGUCUGGAUACCAGAUCUACUACUUUUACAAAAAUGGCGGACGAUUCAAGCCCAGUUUCGUCAUUCCUUUUCUGCAAAGAGGACGGAGAACCUAUCAAUUUCGUCAUCAGACCAUCAGCUGCAAAAGCAAGAUUGAAACCAUUGAUUGAAAAAAGAGGUGGUGUCGUCAGUAGUAAGCUGCAUGACAACCAAGACUAUAUCAAAUUGGCAGUCGAAGGAGACAAGAUUGCAUCUGAUGACUACAUCACAGUGCAGUACAUUGAUGACUGCAUAGAAGCUAACCAACUACUUCCAAUGGACAAGUACAGGGUUCAUCAGCAACAGCCAAGGCCACCUUCCCCAGCAAACUCCACCAUUAGUAAUGUCAGCUUUAAAGGUCGCAGCAAGUACAGCAGUAGUGAGGAUACUGCUAUCCUGACCUAUAUUGCUAAGCGCCCAGACUGCCGCUACGCAGGAAACCAAAUCUGGCAGAAGAUGGAACUCCUCAAGGUAACAGAUCAUUCCUGGCAGUCAAUGAAGCAUCGAUUCCUGAAGAAGUUGGUCGAUGACCUUCCUAAGUACACCAAAUUGGAGGAGGAACAAACAGAGAAGGAUGUCUCAUCUCCUGGGACUUCUAGUGGAGAGAAAGAUGUGAUAGCAGAUUCCUCAACGUCCAACCAAAAAGAAACAUCCCUGAAGACUCCCAGAAAAGAGCAGACCCAGCCAGUACAACUUGGCUCUAACAAUAACCCUAACACCUCAGAAUCCGAGCCAACAGAUCAAGGCAAAGAUUCAAACCCUGAGACGGAAGCCCAGGAAAGCAUUGACGGGAGUGAUUCAGUUUAUGACGAUUGUCUUCUUCAAGUUGCAGAAGAAAACACCCCAAAGAAGAUGGGAUGUAGUUCUAAGGGUACUGAAAUGUUUAGUGACUCGGCUGAAGAGCACCCUCAGACAAGGAAAAGGAAUCAUAGGUCUCGCCAAGUUUCUUCAAAUGCGAAAGGAGACCCCACCAUGCCAAACGUACCCGUAAGCACAGACAGCACUAAAGAGUCAACAAAUGCCUCAUCUUCCAACAACAAAGAAACAUCACUGAAAACUCCCAGUAGAGAGCAGACCCAGCCAGUACAACUUGCCUCUAACCAUAACCCUAACACUUCAGAAUCUGAGCCAGCAGAUGGAGGCAAAGAUCCAAACCCUAAGACGGUAGUUCGUGAAAACAAUAACGGGAGCAGUUCAGAUUUUGACGAUUAUCUCAUUCAAGCUGCAGAAGAAAAUAGCCCAAGGAAGAUUGGGUGUAGCUCAGAGGUGACUGAAACGUUUACUGACGCGGCUGAAGGGCGCCCUCCUCCGACACGAAAAAGGCAUGCUGGAAACCAAGUUUCAUCAAACAAAAAAGGAGACCACACCGAGCCAAACAGAGACGCAAGCACAGACAGCACCGAAGAGAAAAGGGACGAUGGCGUGCGCUCAAGCAAGCGUAGGAGAAGGCACCGUUCUCACAUCAGUGACACUGAAGAGUUGGUUGCUGGUGUCUUGGGGGACGUGGAUACCUGCAGUGAACCAGAGUCAUCAGACUCUUCAUCCACUGAUCCACAUUUUCAGGCGCAUGUGAAUAGAGUUAUUGCAUUUGUCAAGGAGGUUGUGGAAGACUACUCUGUGCCGGUCUUUACAGUGAUGCAGUUGCUGUAUUUUCACAGUCUUAACUUGGAUGCGGUGCUGAAUCAUCUACAGACAGGAGAGUCCGAUGUUGUCUGGACAAAGGAAAACGAUGAGAAGCUGAGUAGUGGCAAACCUGAAGACCUGGAGGAACUCUGCAACAUAUAUGGCAGAGAUGAAGUCAUGAGACGCCACGCUUUCUUUGAUGUAUAGGUUCUGUGAUCAACCCUUUUUCCCCGUUUUUCUUUGUUCAUUUGUUCAUCUUUAGACCCUUUCCCAUAUGUUGUUUUGAGAUACAUGUUAGUGCUUAAAUGUGAAAGGGAUAAUCGAUUGUCUUGAAGUAAGGGAUUUGUUUUCUUUAACCCUAACUCCCCAGCCUAAUUUACUAGGAACCAUACCAAUCCUGGCAAAUUCCAACACCAACAUGGGAAAUCGUACACACACAGU